AUGGCGUGCCCUGAGAUCCACCUUCCUCGUACAACAUCCCAAGUCAUAGACUCAAACUCAAACUCAAACUCGGACAUUGCAAAUGAAGAAGCAGAGAAGCAGAACAACUCCUCCAGAAGCAGCAUAGAACAGUCGCAUGGCAAUCACGACCCGCACGGAGACAUCACCUAUCAUUAUCUGGAAUUCGAAACCGCAUUGCCCUCGCCAAGCCUCAUACAAUCACACUCCACCUCAAACGAUCAAACACCUCCAGAAUGUCCCGACCUGAAGAAAUACACUUCGCCUUUUCUAUGGUCCAAAACACGCAAGAACCUCAUGAUAACUCUAUCAUGUCUGGUCACCUCCAUCGCUGCGUACAACGCCGGCGCAUACAGUCCAGGAGUGCAACAAAUGUCGGAUGAGUGGCAUAAAGGAAGAGUCGCAGUCCUUGCUGGCAUUACAACAUUUACGGUAGGCUUUGGAAUCGCUCCCAUGUUUCUCGCGCCUUUUUCGGAAUUGAAUGGUAGAAGGCCUGUGUUUGUAGUGACGGGAAUUCUUUUUGUCAUCUUUCAAGCAGUAUGCGCCGUGACGCCUACUUAUGCUGGUAUGAUCGUGACGAGAUUCCUUACCGGCUGCAUGAGUAGCACAUUCAGCACCAUGGUGGGAGGGGUCGUGAGUGACAUUUACCACGCAAAGGAUAGGAACACUGCCAUGACCCUCUUCUCUGCCUUUGCUCUGUUUGGCACUGGAUUCGGACCAUUCAUUAGCGGCUUUAUUGCAUACAAUACAACUUGGAGAUGGAUCUUCUACCUGCAGACAAUCUUCGAUGGCGUAAUAAUGGUUUUUGUCGUGUUCUUCUUCAAGGAGACGCGAGGUUCCGUUCUUCUCUCUCGCAAAGCCAAAGCCCUGAACAAGUGGUAUGAAAGUCUCGAAGACGCCGGCUACUACGGUGUCACCAUGCCUGAAGCCGAGAAAGGCACCUCUCAACGGAUUCGUUGGAAGGUCAAGUCCGAUGAAGAACGAAGCAGUCUCGUAACAAUGAUCAAAAUAAGUCUUCACAGACCCUUCCACAUGCUCUUCACAGAACCAGUCGUGGCAUUCUUCUCCCUCUGGAUCUCCUUUAGCUGGGGAGUCCUCUACAUGACCUUGACGGCCAUCCCACUAAUCUUCCAAACAACCUACGGCUUCAACCUCGAACAAGCAGGAGCCGUCUUCGCCGCCAUCAGUCUCGCCAGCAUUCUCUUCACUCCCGUGGCGGUCUAUCAAGAAGCGCUUCUGAAACCCUACCUCCCCGCCAAACAUCAAGCAAUCUUCGAUACUCCCGAAGGAAGACUAUACUUUGCGUGCGUGGAAUCCGCGUUAUUACCCAUAGGCUGCAUUUGGUUUUGCGUCACGGGAGCAUAUCCCUCCAUUCCCUGGAUAGUCCCUGCAUUGGGCAUCGGAUGUGCCACAAUGGGCAUCUUUAGCAUUUACCUCGCCGUCUUCAACUAUCUUGCCGAUUCCUACCAUAGAUAUGCAUCCAGUGCCUUGGCAGCACAGAGCUUUUGUCGAAAUGUAUWGGCCGGAGCAUUUCCUCUUUUCACGACCCAAAUGUACAACACCAUGACAUUUCAAGGCGCAGGCGGAUUUCUCGGAGGAACAGGCUUCCUUCUGACGGUCGUGCCUUGGGUGCUUUUACUCUACGGACCACAAAUCCGAGCACGAAGCAAACUAGCGAGCGAGAUUAUGAAGACUUAA